AUGUCGUUUGAUAUUUCUGAAGCAAUACGUACGUUUGGUGGUAUAGAAUUGUAUGAAGAUGAUGAUUAUCCACAACACGUAUGUACAGCAUGUUACACUUUUUUACAAAAUGCAGUCUCGUUCAGAAAAUCUGCUCAAGAUACUGACAAAAUAUUUCGACAAACCUCUAUUCAAGAAUAUGGUUGUGUGGAUGAUGCAAGCGACAUUCCAGAUAAUGAUAACCAUUACAAAUAUGAACCUCAUAGAAAAUCAUACAGUUGUAAACUAUGUAAAGUGUCUUUUGAAUCAUGUGAUGAACUCAUUACACAUAAAAACUCCAAAGCUCAUAAAUCUGUUCGUGUCCAGUGCCCUAUAUGCUUACGUUUGCUAACAGCACAGCUAUUUAAAAAGCAUGUAGAACAUAGACAUCAGUCAGCAACACACUUAAUUUGCGACAUCUGUGGGAAACUUUAUAGGAAAGACAAUCUUGUCAGGCACCUGCAGCUUCAUAAUUAUGAUUUACCUUUUCAAUGUCAAAUAUGCCCCUACAGGGGUCGUUUCAUGGAAUCUCUCAGAAUUCACAUGAGAACUCACACUGGGGAUAAGCCAUUCUCUUGUGAUAAAUGUGAGCUGCGUUUCUUAACAAGAAGUAAUUUGAAUAGACAUCUUUUAACUCAUAAAAAGGAAAAACCAUUUAAAUGCAUGGAAUGUGGGCGAGGUUUCUACAUUAAAAGGGAUAUGGAUUCUCAUUUUAAGGCUGAUCAUGUGGGAGUUAAGGAUUUUAAUUGUAGAAUGUGUGGAAACAAAUAUGGCACUAAAAAGGCUCUUAUGAGACACGAGCUGCGGGUACAUAAAAGAGAUAAAAUGGCUAAAGGUAGAGUGCCACUAUAUUUACAAGCUGAGUAUCAAAAGCAUGAUGAUGAAGGGAUGUAA